UGCGGUUCCGGCCGUCACGGGCUUAGGCCGAGUGCGCCCAGCCUUGCCUCACGGCGGCGCCUGGGCCUUGGUGCACCGCCGCGGCCCAUGGGGAGAGUCGGCCUGGCCGGCCGGCAUUAAACUGAAAAGAUGUCCCUAUAUGAUGAUCUGGGAGUGGAGACUAGUGACUCGAAAACGGAAGGCUGGUCCAAAAACUUCAAACUUCUGCAGUCUCAGCUUCAGGUGAAAAAGGCAGCUCUCACUCAAGCAAAGAGCCAGAGAACAAAACAAAGUACAGUUCUUGCCCCGGUAAUUGACCUAAAGCGAGGUGGCUCUUCAGACGAUCGGCAGAUUGUGGACACCCCGCCUCAUGUAGCAGCUGGCCUAAAGGAUCCUGUACCCAGUGGAUUUUCUGCAGGAGAAGUUUUGAUCCCCUUAGCUGAUGAAUAUGAUCCUAUGUUUCCUAAUGAUUAUGAGAAAGUAGUGAAGCGCCAAAGAGAAGAACGACAGAGACAGCGGGAGCUGGAAAGACAAAAAGAAAUAGAAGAGAGAGAAAAGAGGCGUAAAGACAGACACGAAGCCAGUGGGUUUUCAAGGCGACCAGAUCCAGAUUCUGAUGAAGAUGAAGAUUAUGAGCGAGAGAGGAGAAAAAGAAGUAUGGGCGGAGCUGCCAUCGCACCACCUACUUCUCUUGUAGAAAAAGACAAAGAGUUACCCCGAGAAUUUCCUUAUGAAGAGGAUUCAAGACCUCGCUCACAGUCCUCUAAAGCUGCCAUUCCUCCCCCUGUGUAUGAGGAACAAGACAGACCUAGAUCUCCAACGGGCCCUGGCAACUCCUUCCUCGCCAACAUGGGUGGCACAGUAGCACAUAAAAUCAUGCAGAAGUAUGGCUUUCGGGAAGGCCAGGGCCUUGGGAAGCACGAACAAGGGCUGAGCACAGCGUUGUCAGUGGAGAAGACGAGCAAGCGAGGAGGCAAGAUUAUUGUGGGUGAAGUCACAGAGAAAGAUGCAGCUAAGAAGUCGGAUUCAAAUCCAUUAACUGAAAUACUUAAGUGUCCUACUAAAGUGGUCCUACUAAGGAACAUGGUUGGUGCAGGAGAGGUAGAUGAAGACUUGGAAGUUGAAACCAAGGAAGAGUGUGAAAAAUAUGGCAAAGUUGGAAAAUGUGUGAUAUUUGAAAUUCCUGGUGCCCCUGAUGAUGAAGCAGUACGAAUAUUUUUAGAAUUUGAGAGGGUUGAAUCAGCAAUUAAAGCUGUCGUUGAUCUGAAUGGGAGGUAUUUUGGUGGACGGGUGGUAAAAGCAUGUUUCUACAAUUUGGAUAAAUUCAGGGUGUUGGAUUUGGCAGAACAAGUUUGAUUUUAAGAACUAGAGCAUGAGCUGCAAACUGAACAGAAGAAAAAGGCGACAGCCAGCCUGCAUGGCUGUUGGAUACAGAGACUCUUGGAAGGACUGCUAAGAUAUAUGUUGAUUAAUCCUUUUUUUAUUUUGUGGUUUUUUAAUAUAGUAUAAAAAUCCUUUAAAAAAAAAUCUGUGUGCCUCUGGUUGUUUCUCUUUCUUAUUACCACUUCUGAAGUAAUUAACGUUUUUUGCUAGGAUUUUAUGAUAAUUCUCAAGUGCUUCAGUGAUACAGCAUUUCUUGCACUAAAAUCUAGAAAGUUUUGGGAUAUGGGGUUGUAUUAAGUUAUCCUUUGUGUUUCAUUUUUUUUCUCUUUUUGAUUCAUUUUACUAAAACUUGCAAGUUACUGUAGCUUCAUAAGUUCUGUAAUAAAGUAUCAUCUUGGCAGUCUGCCAAAGGUGAUAAUGUCUGCUUUCUCUAA